AUGCCGGAGGACAGCGACUGGGAGGCGUACAAGGUGCCACCGACGCGCACCCCGGUCUCCGAGAGGACCACGUCGUUGCCCAACCCGGUCAACAUCAUCCAGACCGUCUUUAACUAUGUCGUCGAUGCGCCCGUCACCUUCGUCCGAGAGUGGAUCGAGCGCCAGCAAUCCAAGAACAAGCACUACUAUUACCACCAGAAGUUUCGCCGUGUGCCUGACCUGAGCGAGUGCCUGGAGGGUGACUACCUCUGCUUCUUCGAGGCCGAAGCACAGUGGAGGAGGGACAGGAUGGUUGAUCAGGAAAUUGUGGAGAUCAUACGGGAAAGAUUCGGUGCGUGCAAGCAGAGGGAAGGACCCAACCACUUCCAGAACUGCGCCAAGGAGAUGGAGCUGCUGGCACAGGUCACCAAGGCCUACCAGGACCGAUAUGGUGAUCUGGGUGUCCAUGGAAAUGCAAGGACGUGCCUGAUGAAGCAGAAGCACAGGAUGAUGGAGGAGAGGAAGGCACAAGCAAAUGAGUCUCAGUAG